AUGGCUUCGUCGCGACCAGAUGGUCGCCGUGACAAUGGCGGCAGCAGAAGCUCCGAUACCGAGCCUUUUCCUGCGAUGCCCGACUAUUCCGCAGCCGGUCCCAGCACGAACACAUUUACGACCACCACAACCACGACGACAACCGUGCCGUCUCGAGGGACGCCUUAUACUAUCACCUCGACGCAACCUUGGGCUCAGGCUCACAACCAACCCUCAAACCAAGUCCCAGUAACCGUGGUCACCCCACCUGAUCAAACAACCUAUGCCCCUACAACGAGAACAACCGUGUCCAUUCCUCAAGUCCCAAGGAAUCGGCCGAUUGGCAUCAGAAGGCUACCCUCCGCGACUUUCAGUCGUGCCCGCGAUGGAGAUGUCACUCCGGGUACUGUUAGUGGGGAUGUUAGCAGGUCCUCCUCGCUUCGAGGACGUAGCAGUUCGGCACCACAACAUGCCAAUCUCGAUAUCGCCGGCCCGAGCGGUGGCUCGACAAGACAAACUCCAAGAAAUUCGCUCCUUCCCACCGUAACAGAAAGCAGCGCCGGUGGUCGAGACACGCUAGGUGAACCCUCCCCCAGCGGGACCAGCAGGAGACGCAGUGUCGGCAAUGCUGCACGAUCUGUCCUUAGUAGGUUCAGCGAUCAUUCUCGAGAGCGUGCGGAGUAUCAAGGGGAGGAAUAUGGUUCCGAUGUGGUAGACCUGUUGGACGUGCUGGACCCGGAGGUCUCCACGUUGACCACAUUGACCAAUGUUCAGAAUUCAUUGUUCGUUCCAGAUCUAGGCAAGUGGCUCAACCGAAGGCCGACAUACGAGUUGAGUCGCCCGUCUACGGUGAGAGGACGGCGUGAGACGAUGGAAGAAAAGGCCACGCCCGGUCUGUUGCCUAUUCCCAGUGAAACGCCACCGGAGGAGGAACUUCCCGGAGAAGUAGGAGAAGAGCCGACAGGUACCGGUACGCCCAUGCAACGGACAUGGUCAUGGCAACGAAAAGCAGCGAAUCUGGAGCGCACCCACAGUAUCUCGUCCGUCGUGUCAGAAUCCCACUAUGCCGUUCUACCCCAUGGAGUCAGAUUGGAUGGGUGGACCGACGAGGACAAGGAAGCCCUGGACGACCACGUUCGACAUAUGUUGCACUCGAAACGGUCCAAAUUCAAGCAAAGCAUGGUGGCUUUCGGCAAAUAUAUCAGUAAACCCCUUGGGUUUUUCGUCACACUCUAUGCGACUUUAAUUACGCUGUUUGGUCUGGCUUGGGUGCUGUUCUUGAUCGGCUGGAUCUAUGUUGGCCACCGUCAAUUCUACAUUGAAAAUAUCAUUGAUAAUGUGCUUGUCGCCCUUUUUGCCGUCAUGGGCGAUGGGCUUGCACCAUUUCGGAUGGUCGACACCUACCACAUGAUCUUCAUCGCCCACUAUCACCACCUGACGUGGCGGUUACGACGAGAAAAAGGCCUCCCAAAGCUGCACGACCAUAACGACCUUCCUCGUCCGCUUGAAAAGGAAGUGGAUCCCGAAACUGGCAACCCUGAGGAAUCCGAGUUUUCGGUCCUGAACCGCAAGCAGCAGCAAAAGUUGAUCCACCACCAGGCCAAAUUCUCCAAGUCGCACUCCUUCUACAAGCCACAUGAGACGGGCACGCAUUAUGCAUUUCCGCUACGACUACUGGUGGCCAUUGUGGUACUGUUGGAUUGCCAUUCGAUGUUCCAAAUCGCCCUUGGCACAUGCACGUGGGCCAUUGACUACCGCACACGGCCUCAGGCAUUGACGGCUACAAUUCUUUCGUGCUCGAUUACCUGCAACAUCACCGCAGGUGUACUAAUCGCCGUUGGCGACCGCAAAACUCGAAAGAAGGAUGUGGCCGAGAUGUUGAAACGGCAAGAACUGACCACGGCUGCGAUAGAGAAGGUGGAAAAGCAUAGAAGGGAGAGAGAGGAACGGCUGCGGCAAGCAGAGAACCAGGAGAAUUUCGAGGUAAUUGAUGAAGAGACAGCGGAGCAGAUGAGGUCGGAAUCGCGUCCUCCCCAUUAG